AGAUCAGGAAACUAAGUAUAGGUGCAACCAUGGCCAAUUGGGUUGGUUCGAGUCAUGGCAUCGUCUCUGGUUCAGUCUUAUAACCUCAGCUACUCGAAGAACCGGGAAUAUGAACAUGGGAGUCACACAACUGGAACCAUACAUACUUAAAGGCUCAAUCAAGGUUGUCGACAGGUUCUUUUCUGUGCCCGUGGAUUAUGCUAAACCGGAUGGUUCGCACAUCCGAAUAUUUGUGCGCAACCUUAUUCCGUUGAAUGAAGCCAACGGAUCUGGCACAGACACUGCAGAGUCGGAUUUGCCUUAUCUCUUGCAUUUGCAAGGCGGUCCAGGAUUCGGUGUCGACCUAUCUCUCAGCGUAGACUUGGGGAAUGCGCUUCACAAGAAAAAAUAUCAGACCCUUUGGCUUGAUCCUCGUGGGACUGGCCUGAGCACGCCAAUAACAGCGGAUAUCUUCCAAACGAAGCAAAUGGACGACGAGGCCAUUGCCAAGUAUCUCAAACACUUUCGUGCAGAUAACAUUGUCAGAGACUGUGAGACUAUUCGGCACUUUCUCCUCGACGGCAAGAAAGAUCCUGAAGCACGUAAAUGGACAAUCUUUGGGCAAAGUUUCGGAGGCUUCUGUGCCGCCACCUACCUUUCGUUCCACAGUGAUGGCUUGAAGGAGGUCUUCAUCACUGGCGGUAUCCCACCCAUGGUCGACUCUCCCGACGCAGUUUACGAAGCCCUCGUUUUGAAGGUGGAAGAACGAAACAUGGUUUAUUAUGAAAAGUAUCCCCAAGAUGUAAGAAAUGUUCGUCGGAUAUUAGGUUUCCUAGAAGACAACGAUGUCGUUAUUCCGAACGGCGGGAAUCUAACGGUUUCGCGGUGGUUACAACUCGGCGUGCAAUUUGGAUCGCAUGGCGGCAUCGAUCGGGUCCACCAGCUCGUGUUCCGAGCGAUCACAGACUUGGACACGUUUGGGAGGCUGUCAUAUGGGCUUAUUGACAGUGUACAGAGCGCACAGAGCUUUGACGCCAAUCCAAUUUACGCAGUGCUUCACGAGCCUAUCUAUUGCCAAGGGCGGAUGUCAAGCUGGUCUGCACACCGUGUCAUCCAGAAGAAUGAUAGGUUUAUUUGGGGGAAAGUGAGGCAUAUGUCUGAUGAUAUGCCCAUUUACUUCACGGGGGAGAUGAUAUUCCCCGACAUGUUCGAAGAUUAUCAUCAUCUACGUCCCCUGCGGGGCGCAGCCGAACUGCUGGCUCACGAUGAAGAUUGGCCUAUGUUGUAUGACAAAGAGGCCCUGAAAAAGAACAAAGUGAAAGUAAACGCUGCAGUCUAUUAUGAUGACAUGUAUGUCGAUUUUGGUCUUGUGCAAGAGACAGCGUCUGUCAUCGGCAACGUGGAACAAUUCAUCACCAACCAGAGUUUCCAUGACGGUAUACGCAAGCACACGGAAAACAUUUUGACUACCCUUUUCGACCUGUCUAAACGAGAGCGCGAUUAGACAAUUUUACCUGUAGCUUGUAAGGUGGCAUUAAUUUCGAGAUUGAGGUGGUACGGGAUUGAUGGUAUCUACAGUCAUUGCACUAUGUGAA